AUGGGCUGCUCUGGAGGUUCCGGGGGCUGUGCGUCCAGCUGUGGAGGCUGCGGCGGCUGCGGAGGCUGCGGUGGAGGCUGUGGAUCUGGGGGCUGCGUGCCCGUGUGCUGCACGACCUGCUGUGUGCCAGCGUGUUGCAGCUCCGGUUGCGGCAAAGGAGGCUGCGGAUCCUGUGGAGGCUGUGGUUCAUGCGGAGGUACUAAAGGAGGCUGUGGAUCUUGUGGAGGCAGCAAAGGAGGCUGUGGAUCCUGUGGAGGCUCCAAAGGAGGCUGUGGAUCUUGUGGAGGUGGCAAAGGAGGCUGUGGAUCCUGUGGAGGCUGUGGUUCAUGCGGAGGUGGCAAAGGAGGCUGUGGCUCAUGUGGAGGCUGUGGUUCCUGCUGCCAGUCCAGCUGCUGUGUGCCCUGCUGUUCCCAGACCUGCUGCUGUGUGCCCUGCUGUAAGCCCACCUGCUGCCAAACCAGCUGCUGCGUGCCCUGCUGUUCCCAGACCAGCUGCUGUGUGCCCUGCUGUGCGCCCUCCUGCUGCCAGACCAGCUGCUGCAUGCCCUGCUGUGCCCAGACCAGCUGCUGUAAGCCCGCCUGCUGCCAGUCCGGCUGCUGUGUGCCCUGCUGUAAGCCCCCCUGCUGUGCCCAGGCCAGCUGCGCUCACCCCCUCUGCUGCCAGUGUAAGAUCUAA